AUGCUACGCCAUGAUGUUACUGGUCAGAUUUGGAGUGUGUGGUAUAAUCCUAAAGGUAUCUGUGCCCUGAAGGGUUCAUCAGUAACCAUAUCCUGCUCCUAUAAAUAUCCCACCCGUCACAAGGUUGAAACAGUUUUCUGGAUAAAAAAUCGUGCUCGAAAUGUGGAACCCAUGGAUUUAUCUGAAGACCCAGAUUAUAAAGGCAGGGUGGAAUAUCUUGGAAAUAAACAAGACAACUGCAGUAUGAAACUGACUGAUGUGACAAAACAAGAUGCAAGAAAGUAUUUCUUCAGAUUUGUAACUAAUUAUGACACAGGGAAAUGGAUUGGUGAACCUGGAGUUACACUGUCAGUUACAGACCUACAGGUGGAGACUCCAGAGAGAGUGAAGGAGGGUGAUACAGUCACUCUGAAAUGUAGAACCACCUGUUCUCUGAGUAACACACCAACCUUCAUCUGGUAUAAAAAUGGACAUGUUUUAACAAGGAAAACCAUCAAAAACAAUGAACUCUCUCUCCAUUCAGUCAGCUCUGAGGAUAGAGGCAGUUAUAUGUGUGCUGUACAAGGCCAUGAGAAUCUUCCCUCUCCUGCUGUCAAUCUCACUGUCACAUAUCCUCCAAAGAAGACCACAGUGUCAGUCAGUCCCUCUGGUGAAAUAGUGGAGGGCAGUUCAGUGACUCUGACCUGCAGCAGUGAUGCUAAUCCACCAGCCACCUACACCUGGUUUAAGAAGAAUGGAACUGUCACUAUAGGAAAAGAAGAGACCUACAGGAUCAACAAGAUCAGUUCUGAGCACAGUGGAGAAUAUCAGUGCAAGUCCAAUAAUCAACAUGGACAUCAGUAUUCAAAUACUGUAUCUCUGAAUGUUUUAUAUCCUCCAAGAAAUACCAAGGUGUCUGUCAGUCCCUCUGGUGAAAUAGUGGAGGGCAGUUCAGUGACUCUGACCUGCAGCAGUGAUGCUAAUCCACCAGCCACCUACACCUGGUUUAAGAAGAAUGAAACUGUCACAUUGGGAAAAGAAAAGACCUACAGGAUCAACAAGAUCAGCUCUGAGGACAGUGGGCAAUAUAAAUGCAAAUGCAGUAAUCAACAUGGACAUCAGUAUUCAAAUACUGUAUCUCUGAAUGUUUUAUAUGGUCCAAAGAAGAUCAUGGUGUCAGUCAGUCCCUCUGGUGAAAUAGUGGAGGGCAGUUCAGUGACUCUGACCUGCAGCAGUGAUGCUAAUCCACCAGCCACCUACACCUGGUUUAAGAAGAAUGGAACUGUCACUAUAGGAAGAGAAGAGACCUACAGGAUCAACAAGAUCAGCUCUGAGGACAGUGGAGAAUAUCACUGCAAGUCCAAUAAUCAACAUGGACAUCAGUAUUCAAAUUCUGUAUCUCUAAAUGUUUUAUAUUCUCCAAGAAAUACCACAGUGUCACUCAGUCCCUCUGGUGAAAUAGUGGAGGGCAGUUCAGUGAAUCUGACCUGCAGCAGUGAUGCUAAUCCACCACAGAUAAACUACACCUGGUAUAAAGAGAGUGUAACUUCACCUGUAGGAUAUGGACAGAGUUACAUCAUCAACAACAUUCAGUCCAGUAACAGUGGACUGUACUACUGUGAGGCCCAGAAUAAACAUGGCUCUCAGAAAACCACUGCUGUACCAAUCACACUGAAAGACACGCAAACGGUUCUUUUGACUUCUGGACAGCCCGCUGCCACUCCAGAACCCGUCAGUUCACUUUCUACAACUUCUACUCUGCCUGAAAAUUUCAUUUCCAGCUUCUCAAACACAGGACUUGUGGUCGUGUUUUACAAACGAAAGAAAAGAUUGAUGAAAUUGACAGGUGACAGCACACUCCCCAAAACUCCCACCGACAGAGAGGGUGAGCAUUUUUAUGAGGAGAUCAGAGAGCAGCAUGAGGAGUCUACCACAAACCCCAUAAUCAGCCCUGUCUAUUCUACACCACAGACAACUCCAGACUCAAUCAUCUACUCCACUGUGACCACACCCCCACAUACUGUCACCACACCCUCAACAGGAGACAACAGACUAGUCACAGCACAGAUAACUCCAGACUCAACCAUCUACUCCACUGUGACCACACCCCCACAUACUGUCACCACACCCUCUACAGGAGACAACAGACUAGUCACAGCAGAGAGAACUCCAGACUCAAUCAUCUACUCCACUGUGAUCAAACCUCCACAUACUCUCACCACACCCUCAACAGGAGACAACAGACUAGUCACCACUGUCUACUCUACAUUACAAUUAUUUUGA